CCUUGGUUGCGGGAGCCCGGGCCUGCGCAGUCCGCGCAUCGUUUCCUUUUCGCCGCGGAGGCGGGGCCGGCUGGGGAGCUGGGGCCGUUGGACCGUGAUGCGGGGCUGACUUGACAUUUGUGUGGACCGGCGGCCAGCUACAAGGAAGUCAUGGCCGGGCUGGAGUUGCUUUACACGUCGGUGGCGCCGGGGAUCACCUGCUGCCAGGACGCGCUUAUCUGCUUUGUGCACUGGGAGCUCGUCACCCAAGGCUACCAAGGCCUGGGCACCGGCGACCAGCCAGGUCCAGGCGAUAAGAAAUCUGAGCUGCUGCCACCUGGGUGGAAUGCCAAUAAAGAUCUGUAUGUUCUUCGCUAUGUGUCCAAAGAUAAUUCAAAAGAACUUCUUCUGAAGGCCAUCAUGGUGGAUGAUAGCAUGAUUAUCAAUGCUUUGGAGUGUAAGUCACAACAGGUGGUGGACUUGACCCUGAACGUGGAGGAUUAUGUGGAUGGUGAACACCUGGGUGAAUUCCACAGGGUCUACAAAAACAGCGGAGAGCUCCAGAGACAGAUUGCUUCAGGCCUCAUUUCACCCAUCCACAAGUCUUUGAGCAAAAACGAUUCAGCCAGUUCCUCUCGGGAGUUUCCACCUGCCACCUCUAGAGAAUACGACCCUCUCCGCAUUCCCCCUCACCACCCACAUACCAGCAGGCAGCCUCCUUGGCGUGAUCCCUUGGGUCCCUUUGCCGUUGGGGGAGAGGACCUGGACCCCUUUCGGAGUCAGGGAGGUGGCAUGAUUUUGGAUCCCCUGAGAUCUGGCUUCCCAAGAGCUCUCAUUGAUCCAUCUUCUGGACUCCCCAACCGGCUUCCUCCAGGUGCUGUUCCUCCAGGAGCUCGAUUUGAUCCUUUUGGCCCCAUUGGAACUAGUCCAUCCGGACCCAGUCCAGAUCAUCUCCCACCCCCAGGCUAUGAUGACAUGUUCAUGUGAAGGCCAAAAAAUGUAACAUCCCAACCUGAAUAUCCUUAUAGAGCUGAACCAAGAUCAUCAGUUCUCAUCCAGUCCUGGAGCUUAGGAAUCCUCUAAUGGGUUGGAAGUUCAGCUGGAAUUGCCUGCCCAUCCCCACAAUAACCAAGGCACCAUCCGUUCUCCAUCUCUGCCUUGGAAAAACUCCGCUGCUUGUAAAUCAAGAAGAGAAGCCGACGUGUUUGUCUCCUUCGUCACCAACUUCUGGUUCCCAUAGGAAAUUUUCAGCAGUGUGUGCCAUCAUUCCUGCUUCAAUCCUGGUUGCAGUGUUCUAAGGACAAGAAUGCAUUCGAUGUAUUAUUAAGAACUCAAAUGUCAAUACAAAAAUUGUGUCGUUGGGUCAAUCUUCCACUUAUCUUUUGUUUUUAACGCAUAUAGUGUUCCCUCCAAAACAAAAGGCUUUGAUGUUUUAUGAUUCUAAGACUAGCCUUCCCUUUCUUUUUUCCAGUGAGUGCCUUUCUAUAAUUUUCAAAUGCUUUUCUUUCAUAAAUUACUAUUGCUACUUCUAUGACUGAGACUUAAUCCCCAUUUUAUUUGCUGUGGAUGGAAAUGCCUGUCUGGAAUUUGUUUAGUGGAGGCAAUGCGGAUGAUUUGUGAAGACAAGAUAAGAGGGAUGGGAACCCACAUUUUACUGAUUUUUUUAAAUUUUACUUGUUGAAGCCUGGGAUUGCUGUCCAUGGUGGGGCUCAGCCAGAGCUGAAUUAGAUAUUAGAGUGAGAAAGGAAUGAAGACCAGAGCUUUUAUAGUACUGCACUACUGGGCAAAAUAUCUCCACAUCAUUAGACUUGUUCAGUGUUCAUUAGUUCUGGAAGGCACCUUAUAGACCCUUGAUAGAGUAGAAAUCAUCUAAUCAAAUGCCUUCAUUUCAAUUUACUUUUUAACAUUUUGUUGGUGUCUCGUUUUUACAUCAGUGAUUUCUGGAUGUAUCCUUCUCCCCACUCCCCUCACUGUCCCCAGUUACCCUUCCCUUGUAAAAAAAAAAAAAAGGCAAACUCAACAUAUCAAUGGUGUUUGAGAGCAUAUGCAAUAGUCUAUACUCACAGUGUCCAUUCUCUAACAGGAUGGAAGGAGGGUCAUUUUAUGAUUUCUUCUCAGGACCAAAGUGAGUUAUUAUAAUUGUACAGUACUCACUGUUGUUGUUUAUAAUGUUGUAGUUAUAUAUGGUUUUCCUGGUUCUUCUUAUUUCAUAUGGCAACAGUUUCUGCUAGCAUCUCCUGA